CCUGUUUUCGCUGUGAUUAUGGAAUGUUAUGGAUGAUUUAAUCUGACUGUGCCACAAAUCUUGUAUAGGCGUGUUUACUAUUCGUAUGUAAAUUGCUGUUUCUAAAGCUUUUAACGAAUCGGAAUUCUUCUCUUGAUAUUUGAAUGUGCAUUGCUUUGUUUUGAUCGAGUACACAGAAGGUGCCUUGGAAUUAUAUCUAUGUAACCGUCGAUGUCCCUUUUUUAUGCAGUCACAUUCGGUUGAUUAUAAAAUAAUGAAAUGAAAUGAAGGUGGAUUGAGAAAUUGGAAUUUAAGAUGCAAUGGCAGAUGUAUAGUCUUUGGGCAGUUUUUACAUAGGGAGGUAGAUGAAUUACAAAGUUUUGACCCUGAUAAUGGCAAGUUAGAAUAUAUGUAGUAGAAAGAGGUGUCCAUGCCAAGAAAGUUGUAGGGAUUAAUGAAGGUUUGUAACACAAGCCAAUCAAGGGUUUAUGUAGAUAGAAACAGUUCACAUCGCUCUGUAGAUUAUUUGGUUUUUGAUCAGCUAAGUGUUUCCAGAUCGUAAUGUGAAGUGUUGAUAUACAGAUAGAUUCUGACUUUGAUCGCACUCUUAACUGAAAACAAGCACUCAUGGCAACCCCAGCUCAUCGCCUGAUCCAAGAUCAGAACCUAAACUUUCUCUACAAUGGCACUACUCCUGGGGGAAAGACUGAUGUAACCAAAGCAGAUAAGAGAGGAGGUCUUGGUGGAAGGAGGAGAGCACUUAACGACAUAUCGAACUCAAGAAACCCUUCUUCGUUUCCCUCCAAGAAGAAAGAUAGCUCCAUAAAUGUCAUCUCUAUUGACAAAGAUCCUUCAACUGUGAAAGGUAAGUCAUCCAAGGCAGCUGAGAAAGGUAGAGUUGCUGGUAGGAAAGCACUCAGUGACCUCACAAACUCGGUUAAGGCACGUCCAAAGCAGAUCCCAAGUUUGGGGAGGAAAUUGAAUGCUGUUGCAGAAGAAGCGGAAGAUGGUUUUCUACACAACCAUCAGGAGUGCAUUAAAGCUCAGACGAUUACUGUUGAAAAGGACUACUUCUUGAAGACAGUAGGACUGGCUAAUGAUACUGCUGUACUGCCAUCAGCUGGGAAGGCGUUUCCAUUGUCAUCAAAGAAGCUGGAGGGUUAUGUGAAACAUCCUACAAUGGAAGAGCUGCUUGAGCUCCCUAGCUGCUUAUCACCUGCUUGUCGAUCUCCUCAGUCACCAAAGGCGCCAUAUACGAUGUACGGGGAGGAUGACUAUUUGACUGAUCUGAUGAUGAUCAAGACGCCUAAGCUCAAGUAUAGUGGCUUCUGAUAUUCUGGUUUAACAUGCUAAAGCUUACUUGUAGAUUGAUUGCUGCUGAAUGGCUUACCUUUGUAUGCCUUUGCUUUGCUGCUUCUUGUUGUAGUUAGUACUGUUGUACAUAGUAGUAGUUGUUAUUAACAACUACUCCUUUUCAGCUAUUUUGCAAGAAAUUUGUUCAAUUGGAUAA